AUGGGAUUUCUACCGCUUUGCUUCUUAACCGUCUUGCCUUGGAUUUUUGGCAGCGAAUUAGUGCGAGCAGAUUCCAUCAUUCACAUCGGUGCAAUUUUUGAAGAGAGUGCAGCAAAGGACGAUGAGGUUUUCCAGCUGGCGGUCUCUGACCUCAGUCUCAAUGAUGACAUCUUACAAAGCGAAAAAAUAACAUAUUCCAUCAAAUUCGUUGAGGCGAAUAAUCCCUUUCAGACGGUACAGGAAGCAUGUGACCUGAUGACUCAAGGAAUCCUCGCCCUGGUGUCCUCCACGGGUUGUACCUCAGCCACUGCCCUCCAGUCUCUCACAGACACCAUGCACAUUCCACAUCUCUUUGUGCAGCGCAGCAAUGCAGGCUCCCCUCGCACUGCCUGUCAGCUCAUCCGCAACCCUGACCUGGAGGAAUACACUCUGCCUGCUCGACCUCCUGUCCGAAUCGGCGAUGUCAUGCUCCGCCUAGUGAACGAGCUGCGGUGGCAAAAGUUCAUUGUUUUCUAUGACAGCAACUAUGAUAUUCGAGGAUUGCAAGGGUUCCUGGACCAAGCCUCCCGCCAGGGGUUAGACAUGUCACUGCAGAGGAUUGACCAGAACAUCAGCCAGAUCUUUGCCAGCCUCUUCACCACGAUGAAGACGGAGGAGUUGAACCGUUACCGGGAUACACUGCGUCGGGCCAUCCUUUUGCUGAGCCCACGCGGAGCUCAGGCAUUCAUCAAUGAGGCAGUGGAGACAAAUUUGGCUUCCAAGGACAGCCAUUGGGUCAUUGUAAAUGAGGAAAUCAGUGACUCGGAGAUUCUGGAGCUUGUUCACAGUGCACUGGGACGUAUGACAGUGGUGCGACAGAUCUUUCCGACCUCCAAAGACCCCAACCGCCGAUGCAUGAGGAACAACCAUCGCAUUUCCUCACUGCUAUGCGACCCACAGGAAGGCUACUUGCAAACCCUACAGACAUCCAAUCUUUAUCUUUAUGACAGUGUCUUGUUGCUGGCCGGAGCCUUCCAUAGGAAGCUGGAAGAUCGGAAAUGGCACAGCAUGGCAAGUCUGAACUGCAUGAGGAAGUCUACCAAACCCUGGAACGGAGGAAGGUCUAUGCUGGACACCAUUCAAAAUGGUCAAAUUAUUGGACUGACGGGAACCAUGGGAUUCGCAGAUGGUGCAUCGAAUUCCAAUGUUAAUUUUGAGAUCCUUGGCACCAGUUACAGUGAAACCUUUGGAAAAGAUAUUCGAAGGUUGGCUGUCUGGGAUCCAGUGAAGGGCCUGAAUGGGAGUCUGCAGGAGCGACGCUUGGAAAGUGACAUGCAAGGUGUCACCCUGAAAGUGGUCACUAUUCUGGAGGAGCCCUUCGUCAUGGUAGCUGAAAACAUCUUGGGACAACCAAAACGCUACAAGGGAUUUUCCAUCGACGUCCUUGAUGCACUGGCAAAAAACCUCGGAUUCAAGUAUGAGAUCUAUCAAGCGGUUGAUCAUAAGUAUGGCAGUCAGCUUGCUAAUGGGUCCUGGAAUGGAAUGAUCGGGGAACUCAUAAACAAGAAAGCAGAUAUUGCAGUCUCGGCAAUAACCAUCACUCCUGAGAGAGAAAGUGUUGUGGAUUUCAGCAAGCGCUACAUGGAUUAUUCCGUUGGAAUCCUUCUGAAAAAACCAGAGGAAAAGAUUAACAUCUUCUCGAUCUUUGCUCCCUUUGACCUGGCAGUCUGGGCCUGCAUUGCUGCUGCCAUCCCGCUGGUGGGGGUCCUAAUCUUUGUGCUCAAUCGGGUGCAAUUGGUGCGGACACAGACCCCAACACACCCUCAGACCCCUCCUUCCACCUCCAGCACUUUACACAGUGCCAUCUGGCUUGUGUAUGGAGCAUUCGUCCAACAAGGUGGGGACUCGCCCAUGAAUUCAGUUGCGAUGCGGAUUGUUAUGGGCAGCUGGUGGCUCUUUACACUGAUCGUAUGUUCCUCAUACACAGCCAACCUGGCUGCAUUUCUGACCGUGUCCAGAAUGGAUAACUCCAUCCACUCCUUCCAAGAUCUGGCGAAGCAGUCUGAUUUAUCGUACGGUACAGUGAGGGACUCGGCUGUCUAUGAGUACUUUCAGGCAAAGGGGACAAACCCUUUGGAGCAGGACAGCACAUACACUGAGCUCUGGAGAACAAUCAGUAAAAACAAUGGAGCAGACAACUGUGUGUCAGCUACUAACGAAGGCAUCAGAAAGAUAAAAACGGGAACAUAUGCUUUCCUGUGGGACAUGGCAGUGGUGGAAUACACAGCAUUAACUGAUGAUGACUGUUCUCUGACAGUGGUUGGGAAUAGUAUCAGCAGCAAAGGAUAUGGGAUUGCCUUACAGCACGGAAGUCCAUACAGAGACCUCUUCUCCCAGAGGAUCCUAGAAAUGCAAGAUAGCGGGGACCUGGACGUGUUCAAGCAGAAGUGGUGGCCAAAGAUGGGUCGAUGUAACCUGAAGAGUCACGCAAAUGGCCAGCCAGAUGGACGGGCGUUGAAACUGCAGAGUUUUGCUGGUGUUUUUUGUAUCCUAGCAGCAGGAUUGCUUCUUGCCUGCUUGGUGGCAGCUUUGGAGGUCUGGUGGAACAGCAACCGAUGUCAACAAGAAACACCCAAGGAGGAUAAAGAGGUGAACCUGGAGCAGGUUCACCGCCGCUUGAACAGUCUAAUGGAUGAUGAUAUGGCCCACAAGCAGAUAGCAGCUGCAGCCAUUGAGAUCUCAGCCCUGGACAUUGGCAGCAUGCAGACCAGCCAGAGCUUGGAACCGACACGAGAUUACCAGAACACCCAGAUCUCAGUCAGCACUUUUUUACCAGAACAAACUCAUGGUACAAGUAGGAAGCUUUCCUCUUUGGCCAGCACCAACCUGUCUCUGCCUCUCAGCAGUUCGGCUACCCUGCCCUCUAUACAGUGCAAACAUCGAUCACCAAAUGGAGGACUCUUCCGCCAAAGCCCACUCAAAACCCCCAUCCCAAUGUCAUUCCAGCCUGCCUCCAACCCCGGGGGCCUUCCUGAAGCCUUGGAGCCCUCCCACGGGACCUCCAUAUAA